AUGUCUCCAGCCAGCUGGAGUCAUGAUAGCCGUGGUACAGUUUUCAUUGUUUUUGUUUUGUUUUGCUUUUUUUGGUUAUCUUCGCUUUAUUACCAAGGUGUAUGGGAGCAAGUCUUUAUCGAGUCCAAUACGGUGGGGCAAGGAGGAGAGACUCUAUUUCUAGACCCUGCUAUACUUACCGAUCAAGUUACAACUUUCGACACACGUGGGCUAUCGGAUCUGGGUGUUUCGAAAGUUCAGGAUGUAAUGGAUGAAAUGACUGGAAUGCGAGGAAUCAAUCCUAGUAUUCGGACGAUUAGAGAAAGAAUAGACUGUCCUAUCUUUAUCCUGAAAUAUAGCUCUGCUACUGGAAUAGGCCAUUUCCGUGCCUUUCUAUCGUCACUUGUACCCCAAAUCAGGCAAGAGUUCGGCUCGUAUCCGAUCAUGGUUGUGACCUUCGCUAACAGCAUCUUGAACCAGGAUGAUAUCGUUCGCGAAAUCAUCGGAGCUAAUAUGGACAAGCACGGUGUAUUCUUCUCUGAAAACUACACAACUUCGAACCACGAGAUGGAUUCUAAGAAACACAUUGCUCUUCUCAAGAUCCUGGAAGCCUGUAUCAAGCGAGCCGAUGAUAACAUCACGUUCGACUGGCAAAGAGAGAAGUACCUACCCAAAAGGAAAUGUGAGAUAAUGUAA